CAGGGAUGACAAACUCAGAGAGCACGCAGAGGCUUUUUUUGCAGAGUCUUUGGGACUGGUUCAGGGAUCAGCAGGCUGUCUUCAGAUCUCCAUUUUUCCCAGUUUUAUUCUCUCUGACAGUUUACCUGAGCUGCUGCCUCCCAUACGCCUGCCUGGAUUUGCUCUGCUACAGACUGACCCUGGUUCGCCGCUUCAAGAUCCAGCCUCAGGGAAAAGUGACGUGGGUAAUGGCUUGGGGGUGCUUGCGUAAAAUUUUCCACAACCAUGUGUGUUUCCUGCUGCCUCUGUCUGUUUUGCACUGGUACUGGAAGCCUGUGGUUUCUCCUCCGCUGGCACCAGACGUGCUGUCUGUUGUCAAGGAUGUCCUGGCUUGCCUCCUCCUGUUCGACAUGCAGUACUUUCUGUGGCAUCUGCUGCACCACAAGGUUUCCUGGCUCUACCGUUCGUUCCACAAGGAGCACCACCUCAUCACCGCUACCUUCUCCCUGACCACGGAAAACACGGGCGUCUGGGAGAUGCUGAGCCUCAGCUUCUUCUCCACAGUGAACCCGGCGCUGCUGAGCUGCCAUCCGCUCACUGAGAUGUUCUUCUUCAUCACUAACAUUUACCUGUCGGUGGAGGCUCACUCGGGCUAUGAGUUCCCCUGGUCUCCACACAGGCUGGUGCCCUUCGGCCUCUACGGAGGAGCUCAGCAUCAUGACCUCCACCACCUCAGGUUCAAAGUAAACUACGCUCCGUAUUUCACACACUGGGACAGACUCUUUGGCACGCUGCACAAGGAAGACACUCGGAAGUAAGCGAGAAACACUGAGACUUUAAAGAGGUGAAGUACAUUUGUUCCUGCUGUUAACCUGCAAGAAGAGCACUAACAAUGAAGACUGACUUUUAUCUAACUUGCUGACAUUUUGUUGUAUUUUAUGCGCAGAAAUGUAGGUUUGAAAAUGUCUGUGUUAAGUUUAUUUUAUUGACUGAAAACAUUGCUGGUCAAGGAAAUGAAAUGUAAAACUUCAAAUUCAGGCUCACAAACAAACCACUGGAUGUACAUACACCUGAUGACAAGACAGAAACCUUAAAGAAUGAGACAGAAGUUGUGUAUUUACUCGUUUUGUUUGUUUUUUAAAUCAAUAAUUUGAUUCAGUCUGCAGCAAACUGUGCAGAUGGACUGACACCAGAGAAGUGGACUAUACUGGUAUUUUUUGCCUUUUUUUUGGACAGCGUACAGAAACAGGAAACGGCGGUUGAAAGAGAAAGGAAUGGCAUGCAGCAAAUAUCACCCCAGGCGGGAAGUGAACUGUGAGCACUGUGGUUAUAUGAAGCUACUGGUUGACCCCAGUCAUUGUAAUAUUAUUUCUUAUUCUAUUAAAGCCCAAUUACUUUGGCGACAAUA